AAAUGUCAAUUGAUAGAAUCAUAUGUUAACGCAGUUUCUAAAUAAUAUACCAUAACCUAAAUUAUUAAAAAUUAUACAAUGUUAUGAAAUAUUUGCUGUGGAUUUAGAGGAUAUUUUAAUCUCUUAUUAAUAACCAAAAAUGUUUUCGUGAUUGUAAUACUAAUAACAGUAAUAUUUAUAUAAUUACAUAGUUUCGCGCCAAAUACGAGGAUAUAUAUAAAGUGAUUUCCCGGGUUCCCGCGCUGUUUGUUAUUGUAGUGACACGAAUUAACUUUGCUUUGAAGUAAGAAUGCCUGCGUACGAUAAAGAAAAUUUGGUUAUAAAAACGGAAAAAAUGGUUUUAUCCGAAAACAAUGGUAACGUUAUACUCGACACGCCUUUGGUGAAAUCUCCUGUAAAAACUAAAAAAUCUAUACAAGAUGGAGACGAUAAUACGAAUUUCGAUCCCGAAUUGGAACCUUUGUUACGCGAAAACCCCAGACGUUUUGUGAUUUUUCCAAUAGAAUAUCCCGAUAUAUGGGCAAAAUAUAAAGAAGCCGAAGCCUCGUUUUGGACCACAGAAGAAGUCGAUCUUUCUAGAGAUUUGGAACAAUGGAAUUUGCUAACAAACGACGAAAGGCAUUUCAUAUCGCACGUUUUAGCUUUUUUCGCAGCUUCUGACGGAAUCGUUAAUGAAAAUUUAGUUGAAAGAUUCAGUCAAGAAGUUCAAGUAACCGAAGCGAGGUGUUUCUACGGAUUUCAAAUCGCCAUGGAAAAUAUCCAUUCUGAAAUGUAUAGUAUGUUAAUAGAAACGCUUAUUAGUGAUCCCGAUGAGAAGAAAUUCUUGUUUAAUGCCAUCGAAACACUUCCUUGCGUUAAAAAAAAGGCCGAUUGGGCUUUGAAAUGGAUCAGUUCGAAAAACUCGACAUUUGGUGAACGAAUCGUAGCUUUCGCCGCGGUCGAAGGUAUAUUUUUCUCUGGUAGUUUCGCGUCUAUAUUUUGGUUGAAAAAGAGAGGUAUUAUGCCUGGUUUAACUUUCUCCAACGAAUUAAUAUCGAGAGACGAAGGCUUACAUUGCGAUUUUGCAUGUUUAUUAUUCACUCAUCUAGUUCAAAAACCUUCGGUGGAACGUGUAACCGAUAUAAUACGGGACGCGGUUAAUAUUGAACAAGAAUUUCUAUCUCAAGCUCUUCCGGUCAGUUUAAUCGGAAUGAAUUCCGAUUUAAUGUGUCAAUAUAUCGAAUUUGUAGCAGACAGAUUAUUGCUCGAAUUAGGCUGUAACAAAAUUUACAAUUCAAAAAAUCCUUUUGAUUUCAUGAACAUCAUUUCCACUGACGGUAAAACUAAUUUCUUUGAAAAGAAAGUCGGGGAAUAUCAAAAAGAGGGUGUUAUCGAUUCUGGAGAUACAGAUUUUAAAGUCGACGCAGAUUUUUGAAAACUUCUUUAUACUGACUACUUUCUAAAUGUGAUAGAAGCUAGAUUUUCAUUAUAUACUGUAUAGAUUAUCAAUUUUAUAUAUUAUAUAUAAUUUUAUUUUUUGUGUGAAACUAACUUUAAACAUAAUCGAUUGAAAUAUCAAUUUUAGUUUAAAUUUUAUUAAAUCAAAUAGAACUGAAUAUAUUUAUUUCGAAUAGUAUUGGCCUCGGGUUUAAAACGAUAUAUGAAAACUUUCAAUUUUUGAUGAAAUUUUUCCGAACGGGUAUUUUAUUUAUACUAAAAAAAUUGUAAAUGCCACCAGAAUCACAUAUAUUUCCUGUAAUUUAAAAAUAAAUAAAUAUGUGAAACA